CUGAACAUUAACAAACAGCCAACAAAGAGCACUGUGUCAGCCUCAGCGAGCAACUCGAAGCACAACUAACUGACAAGUAUGGGACAGAACCAGGACAAAGUGGAAGGACAGAAUGGCUCAGAGGAGACAGGUCGUGACUCCGGAGGUGCCAGCACUGAUACAGGUGAUGUCAUAGACGGAGGAACCUCCUGUGCGGAGGAGACUGAUAACCCUGGUGAAUCUCCACUGAAGCCAAGUGAUCAGUGCCUGGAGGAGAACGCUGAGAUCACUCCAACAACACCUUCUACUGAGAAGUACAUCCAACUCUGCACAAGUUUUUUUGCUGAAAAUGAGGUGAGACAGGGAGGAGCUGCAGGAGAGGGAGGAGAAGGAGGCAGGACUGAUCCACUGGUUCCUCAGGGCAACAGCCCGAACCAAAAGAGUGGUGGGGGAAUAGAGCAGAGACCCAAAACACACAGCUUGCACAAAGCAAAGAAGAAAGAGGAUACAGUGACUGAAAAAGAACUUCACAUGUCUUCACAGAUAAAGCUGGAAGAUCAGAACAAAGGAGCAAUUAGGGUUAAGGAGAACCAAGAUGGACACUGCCCCUCUGGAGAACAGUUUGGCCUUGCUGUUGGAGAAACUGUUGCCAUGACCACAGUGGAUGGAUAUGCCUUCGAGGAUACUGACGAAAGCUCAGUGAAUGUGAAGCUCAGCAGAUUUGGGGCUAAUGCAGGUAGUAAUGGAGUCGCCUGGAGAUCAGAGGGCGACUUAAUGAAGUCUGCUCAAGAAAAUCAGACUGAGAUCACAAUGACUGAGGCUGAGGAUGACAAUACUGAGCACUGUGGCGGAACAGUGGGCCACUUGACCAGAAUGAAUAAACUGCCUCCAGCUCAACCCCAGCGUCCUUUGCAAAACACAAGUGACAUCUUGGAUUGUGGACCACCUCAAGAAGAAGCAAAAAUUUAUAGAACAGUUGAAACGUUUGGGUGUGUUCAAGAUCUCAAAACUCACUGUGAAGUGGGGUUAAUUUUAAAUGAAAUCUCUUUUGGGAAAAAAACCACCAUUGAUAACGAAGAAGAACUUGUCGGGAUCAACAGACACAUUCAAACAGAAUCUCUUAACACCUUCACUGGCACUGAAGACACACCUUUGAAAAAACAAGAAAAUCAAGAGGCGCUUCCGGGUUCAACAUCAAAUCUACCCCCUGAACCCAGUUUGAUUUUAGAAAAGCUGCUGAAGAGAAACAGAAAGGAGGCAAUUCCUGUUCUCUCAAAAAUCAAAGAUGCUGAUACCGACAAGGACAAUACUGAUGUUCCUGUGGAGGUCAGUGCAAAGAGAAUCCAUGAUUCUGUAAGAAAGAACAGAGACGGCAGAGCAACAGAGACAACCAGUGACAAGUUUUAUUCAGAUGUAAAUCUGCCUUCGUCAGUGCUUGAUGUCAAGGAGACCUCUAUUCCAGAAAAACCUACGGGGGCAAACUUAGCAUCAGAGGAUGUUCUCAGAAAAAGCCCAGUGACACAUGCAGGCACCACUGGCAACAUGACUGCAGAUGUACUUCAACCUAGAGUGACUGGAAAUAUGUGCAGAAGUUCCCAUCAAAAAGAUGACUGUCAGAGUGAGGAAACUAAGACGACCCCAAAUACAGGCUGCUCUGAAAGCAUGGAUUCAGACAACUUUGAGUCAGCUCUGUCACAACAAAGAAUGUGCUGUGAAGAGAGCGGUACCCUCAAUGACAUCUCUCAGCCUUCCUCAGGCUCCAAGGUUAUCACUGAUGUUAAACCGCCAAGUAAAAAUUGUGAAGGCCAAAGUGCAGACUCGUGCAUUUUGCUUGAAGAAAUGACAGAUGGCACUACUGUUGUCCAUCAGAAAGGAACAAACAACAACAACGGGAGCAAAACCGCUGCAUCUGAGCUUCUAGAUGCUUCAAGAGUGAAGGCUGCUGGAGUAAGCGUGGAUGGUGGUUCAGAUCCGGAUGCAGCCUGUACAGUUUUCUCGGAAAAAAGACGCCUUAUUGUCUCUGACACAAAGCAAGAUGAAAAUCUGUGUCCUAAACAUGUGGCAAUAAACAACGAAAAUAUAUUAUCCUGUCCAUGUGAUAAACAGCCUGUCAAAGAGAAGAAUGAUGCGGUGUUAGGGAGUGAAAUAUCCCAGAGCAGCCCCAGACCUCGGCCUGUCUCUGGACUCAUAAAAGAAUCCAUUCGACAGCAUGAAAAGCUGCAGCAGCAGGAUUGGCCUAAAGCACCUGAAAUAAAACCCGAAGGGCAGGCCCACAGUGUGACGGUCGCACAGAUGAAGGCAGCUUUUGACUCGGCUCAGAAAUCCCCAGACAAGCUGGUCAAAAGGAAGCCGUCUGUGAGGAAAGGCAUCAUUGAGGAUCAAUCGGCUGUGUUGAUCAUGCUGGGCCCGGUUCAGCUCUUGUGUCGCAGCUUCAGUCUCAGUCUCAAUCAGGAUGGUCAUACUGUUGGAACAGGCCCCUUUUUCUCUUACCUAGACAAUAAUGAAGAUGUUGAAGCUAGUGCUGGUGUUGAAGCUUGUGACGGGGUAGGGGAGUUCGGGGAGUCCUCUCUGAGGGCCGUGGCUGAACCCUCCUCGCUUAAGUCCCUUUCACGCUGGGGCUAA